CCGACGAAAUAAGAGCCGGAAUCAUGAGGAAAUAUCAGAUUUACGUGAUUUGUUUUGUUGUUUUGGCUUUUGCCGCUGCCACAGCUACAAGAGUUUGCAGCAACAGAAAUAUCUUGUGCUCUGUGGUUAGAUCAACUAGUUGUUCAAAGAAAAUCGUUUCCAGUCAUUGCCCAAGGCUUUGCAACACAUGUGGAGCAAAAUGUCGAAACAUAAAGGCGUCAAUGCGCGUUGAUUGUGGCUACCAUGGAAUUAGUCCGUUGGAUUGCUUGAGAAAGGGAUGUUGUUAUGGCGAAUUAAAGGUGGCUGGCCCGUGGUGUUAUCAUCGAAAAGCAAACUGUCCCAUGAUUGAAGCAAACAAACGUGAAGAUUGUGGUUACCCUGGGAUAAGCAAAUCAGAUUGCGUCAAAAAAGGAUGCUGUUACAACGCGAUCAAGGAAAAGGGACCGUGGUGUUAUUACAGGCAAGGUAAGUUGUUCCGCUCUUACUGAUUAGGUAUUUUGAAAGCAUUGUGUACUCUUCCAUCCGUAAUUUUAGAAAAAUGCCGGAAAAUAGCAGCAACAAGACGUCAUGAUUGUGGUUAUCCAGGCAUAACGAAGCGGGCAUGCGAAAAGAAAGGCUGUUGUUAUAGUGAAUUGCUAAACCAAAGUGGACCGUGGUGCUACCACCGCCUAGGUAAGCAUAGAAGUACGCUCUCCACAUUCGUCGCAAAAUAACAUAAUGCGCGAUCCUUAAAGUUUUUACUGCUGGUUUGUGUUGAAUUUUCGUUAGAAAAAUGUCUGCGCAAAGCAACAGAACGUGACGACUGCGGCUAUCCUGGUAUAACAGAAUUCGAAUGCAUGAAAAGAGGUUGCUGCUAUAAUUCAUUGCCCGGUCGUGGGCCAUGGUGUUAUUACCGAUGAGGUAAAAGUCGCGAACACUUUUGUAAGCAAGUCAUUUCGGGCCACGAGCUUAAUAUGUACUUCCUUUCGUUUAGAUACGAGGACCUUGGGAAGAUUAUAUGCGAACUUUAGUGUACUCAUUGUUGUAAAAAUAUGUUGUCAAAUAAAUACCUCUAAUA